AAAAUGAUUAAACUUAAAUUAAUGAGCUUUAGUGAUAUUAUCUUAAGUUCUUGCCAUGAAGAUCCAGAAUUACCCUUUUAAAUUUAGAACAAAUUAAACAUUUAAAAUGGUUAGGCAAAUAUUAGGAUACAAAAAAAGUUGGAAUGUGGAUAGAAACAUGGAAAAUUUAAAUAUUACUAGAUGUAGGUGGUUAGUAUUGUUAAAAAGGGAUGAAGUAAGGUAGAUGGAAAGAAAUAUUUAAGAAUUACUUUGUAUAUUUCUCAUUAUUUAUUGUGAUAGAGAAGCAUAAGUCUAUGAAGAAGGAGAAUAUAUAAAUGCUAUGAGAAUAGGGAUAUGGAAUAUCAUUUAUCAAAAUAAACCGAUGUAAUUGUGCAAUUAAUUUUAAUGGUAUAUAGUGUUUAUGUCAACAUAUAAUUAGUGAUAAUUAAAUAAUAUUGAAGAAUCUUUUAAUGGUAACAAGAUUGGUACUUGGGAUAUCAAUAGAAAAAGGUUGGCUAUUUUCCUUAACUUCAAUGGAUGUAAAAAGAAAGGGAAUUUAGAACUAAUGUAGAGGAUAGGAGUAUUAUGAUCAAGAAGGGUAAAAGUAUGGAAAGUGGGUUGAGUUAAGCGAUGAUUUUAAAAAGUUUAGAUUACGAAAGAUUUAUUUUUAGAGAAACCUAAAUCAUAUAUUGUAGUGAAUAUAAAAUCGGUAGGAAAUUUGGUAUAUGGGAAAUUUAUUAUUAGAAAUAAA